GAGCCUGCAGACUGCGAGUGUGCGUGACAUGACCUCAUUCAAAAACCGGAUGGAUUUGGCCAAUCAUGUUGCACCAAACAGACGACGCCGCACGAGCCACCGACAUCGUCAACGGGUUUAGCGGGGCUGAUUGAGGGAAACGUCCGGGACACAAUCACUCCUCAACCCGAUAUUUUGAGAUCGACACCGCGGCUCUCAGGUCUCUGUGGCUCCGUCAACCCGUAGUUUCGCGAAUCUAUCCGCUGCCGUCCCAUCGCGCUGCCUGGAUACGCAGAGCUCGCUAUAGCUUUUUUCCCUGGGCGACCCGGUCAAUCUUCCAACGCUCCCGCAAAGAGACAACAGAAUUCCAAACCCCCGCUCUCGCCUCGCACAAUGGACGAAGCCAACCCCGCCAAAACAAAUGCUGCUCGCCCGCAACUGACGAGCUCCAUGAGGAGCAGCUCCUACCUGAGCGACCACCAGCAGUAUCGGCCUCCCAGGCAACCGGACCAGUUCCAGGGCAUCGACACGGUAGUGGAGGAUCUGGGCAAUGCCAACAUCUCCUCGGCCCGGCCCAUCCUGCCGUUCAAUGGCAUCCCAUCCGAGGAGAACCCCCCCACCGUCGUCGACAGCGGGCUGAGCCAUGCUUACUCCCACCCCAACUGUGCGCCUCGCGCCGGCGACAAGUCGGAUCGCCUCAUCGCCACGCUGUUCUACAAGGGCAAGGGCGGAAGCAGCUCGCCCGUCAAGUCCAGCUUCACUGACAGCAACGAGGCGCUGCCCGCCAACCUCGCGCCCACCACCGACCCCAAGGAGUUCCCGCUCGAGCUGCCAACCCAGGAGUCCGAGCAGCUAGACCACAUUUACGGCUCCUACAUCUCAUCGCUGUGCAUCGCCUCCUUCCUCCAUCUUAUGUCCACAUUUCCCCAGGAGCGAGAUGCUGCCGAGCCGUACUCGUCACAUCGAUGCCUGGACAACCACGAGCACCCGCGCGUCGUCGAGUUGACCCUCUCCCCGGUCCCAUCUCCUCAGUACCUCAGCUUAAAUGAUUUGCGGAAACACGAGAUGAUUUACCGCUUCGAGCAGGAGUGGAAUGUCGACGUCGUUUUGCAGACGGAUGCGGUUUGGAGGCGACACCCUCGCUUGGUCGUGUUCGAUAUGGAUAGCACCCUGAUCACCCAAGAGGUCAUCGACCUUCUUGCCGAGACUCUCAAAGACCCCCCGAAUCUGCAUCAGCUUGUAGCGGAUAUCACCCAUCGCGCCAUGAUGGGCGAGUUGGAAUUCGAAGCGUCCUUCCGUGAGCGUGUUGCUCUCCUGAAGGGACUCCCUGCCACCAUGUUCAAGGAUCUUCAGUCCGUUCUUGAUGUGACCAAGGGUGUCCCCCAACUGAUCAAGGCUUUGAAGCGCCUGGGCGUCAAGACGGCUGUCCUCUCUGGAGGCUUCCAGCCCCUGACUGGUUGGCUUGCCGGCGAGCUGGGCAUUGAUUACGCGUACGCAAACCAAGUCGUCGUCGAAAACGACAAGCUCACGGGCGAGGUCGAGGGCCUCAUUGUGGGCAAGGAGCGCAAGCGUGACUUGCUCUUGGAGAUUGCCAAGAAAGAGGGCAUUGACUUGUCGCAGGUCGUGGCCGUCGGCGACGGCGCCAACGAUCUCCUGAUGUUGGACAAAGCCGGACUAGGAGUUGCGUGGAACGCGAAGCCGCGGGUGCAGAUGGAGGCGGACGCACGUUUGAACGGAGAGAGCUUGCUGGACCUACUGCAUUUGUUUGGUUUCACGGGUGAAGAGAUUGAGGCGUUGGCUGCAUAGUGGCGUUGAACAAGAGAAGGACCGCAAGGGAAGAGUUUGAAGGUUUGAAUGCUUAAAAUACAUGAGUCAAGCAAGGUGUUGGGCCAUUACGAUACCAGGCAACAGAAAUACGAAAUAUGAAAAUGAUCGAGGACAUGAACGUUUGGACUUGUCAAGUGUGAUACUGAUACAUCUCUUCUUAAGUCAUUGCCCUUUGAGUUAGUGGGUAAGCCUUCAUAGCGGCGACAUGGACAUCG